UGGGUUCUGAAAAAAUAUCACCAAUUAUACUUCUUGAUCUUGCCUUAGCCAUUUCUGUAUUUGCUUUUCUAGUCACAGAUAGAGGAGGAAUUAAUAACCUUGCUUUUGAUUUAUUAGAUUGUUAUUUUUCAUCAUCAAUAUAUAAAGAAGUUAAAGAAGAUUCAGGAGUAGUUGGUGCAGUAAUUGAAGAAAUAGAAAAUUCACUCAAUGUAAUAGAUACACUAUUAUUAUGUUGUGCUGUAGAGUUACUCUUAUCUAUAAUAAGUGAUGAUCUACAAGAUGCAAACCCUUUAUUAUCAAUAAAUUUACUUAUCCUGUGGGAAUUUGUUAUUCCAAAAUAA